CCGUCUCCCACCACCUCUCUCGACCAGUUUCUCUGUCUGGCAUUUCAUCGCCAUCGUAAUCUUCCUGUCGCUCGAACUCCUCUAAGUAGGUAUGUUCGAACUUCGACCAUGCACGUAGUGAUUCUUUUUUUCUCAAUGCUCGGAGCCUUGUGUGUUAGUGAUAUUGGUUUCUGUUGGUUCUUGUAUAGUUUCUGAUAUGUAAUGUCAAUUGAAGAUUUUCUUCCUCAUUAUCUAGGUUCGUACGGUAGUAAGCUGUUUAGGGUUUGCGAUGUUUAAUUACUUUGUCGUUGCUGUUGCUGAUGUUGAUAAUGCAUGAAGAGAGCGAAUAUAUCAUGUAGGCGAUACUGCAUUUAUCGGUGGAAAAGCUUGAAAUUUGGAGAGAAUUUGUUAGUGAAUUUAAUAUUUUAAGACUUUGGUAUUGAUAUAGUUUCAACAUUUGAUAAAAUAUACGGUCAUGGAUCCUAUGAGUGGAAGCGAACUUAGUGAUGAUACCGUUUCGGUUCUCUCGGAUGUGAAUCUUGUCAAGGGGUUCACGCUCGCAGAUAAACACUUUGUGGAUGCACCUCUGCUUUCCCAUGAUCCAAACCCUAGAAAUUUAGUCACAAGUGCGAUCAGCGAUCAGGGAGAAUUGUGUGAGGACAUUGAUUUUUGUAAUGUAGUACUCAAGUAUAUAAGCCAGAUGCUUAUGGAGGAAGAUAUGGAUGACAAGAAUUGCAUGUUCCAGGAGUCUUGGUCGGCACUUCAAGCUGCCGAGCGAUCAUUCUAUGAGGUUAUCGGGGAGAAGUACCCUCCUUCACCCAAGGACCAGCUCCCGCCUCCUUUCGAUCUAAGUUUUGAGAGCUCGGACGAACACUACACCGGGAAUUGCAGUGAAUUCAAUUACAGUAGCUGGAAUGGCGUUAAUAAUUUGGAAGAUCCUAGGUGGAAUUGCAAUUCUAGUGAGUACAUCUCUUGUAAAGCACUUAGUACUUCUGCAGACUGCACAUCACAAUCAUCAUUCCGCUCGUCAAGCAACGAGGCUAAUCUUGUAGAUGGGUUUGUGGAUUAUCCAGGAAGAAGUCUUGGGGCUCCUGGUAUUUGUGGUGAGAGCAAGUCUAUUAUUCAAUCCCAGGGAGGGGUUGAAGAAGCAAGCAAGUUCCUUCCAAAAGAUGGUGAUUCGUUUGUUAAUUUGAAUAAUAAUCUGUUGCUGCCCAAUGAGCCAAAGAGAGAAGCUAAAGCUGUUGUAGUAGCAGCGGAGGUUAAGAAGCAAGGGAUUGAGUACUCAUUAGAUGGGUCAAAGGGAAAAAAGAAUCCAAGAGGAACGAAGAAUCCUCAUGUGGAGGAUGUGGAUUCAGAGGCAGGAAGGAGUAGCAAGCUGUCAGCUGUUUAUACGGAAUCAACUGCAAGAACAGAAGUGUUUGAUAUGAUGUUGUUGUGUGCUAGAGAGAAAGCUCAACCUGCACUUGACAAUGCCUCGCAGAAUAGAGUAAUGAAGAAUAUGCAUCAAAAUAGUCAACUCAAAGGAUCUACUAGUAGAAAGGGCCGUGGUGCAAAACAGGGAGGUAAGAGGAAUUUGGUGGAUUUGAGGACUCUUCUAAUCCUCUGCGGAGAAGCCAUUGCAGUUAAUGAUCAACUGACAGUGACUGAGCUUCUGAAGCAGAUCAGAGAACAUUCCUCUCCUACUGGAGAUGGGAUGCAGAGAUUGGCCACCUAUUUCUCCAAUGGCCUUGAAGCACGCUUGGCUGGACGUGGAAGUCAGAUAGACCGUGCCCUUUUUGCCAGGAGAUCAACAGCUGCCGAUAUCUUGAAAGCUCACCGUCUGUUUCUUGCUGUGUGCCCAUUUCAGAAGAUUGCAAACUUCUUCUUAAGCAAGAUAAUUAUGCAAGUGGCUGAGAAAGCAACAAGGCUCCACAUUAUUGACUUUGGAAUUUCCUAUGGUUACCAUUGGCCUUCCUUCAUAGAACAGCUCUCAGCUCGGCCUGGUGUACCUCCAAAGCUACGGAUUACUGGGAUUGAAUUCCCACUUCCAGGUUUCAGACCAGCAGAAAUGGUUGAGGAGACAGGAUGUCGCUUAGCAAAUUAUGCGGAGAGUUUUAAUGUUCCAUUUGAGUUCAAUUCCAUAGCAAAAAAAUGGGAAAUGAUUCACAUGGAUGAUAUUAUGAUUGACAGAGAGGAGGUGCUUGUUGUGAGCUGUAUCUUUCGACUUAAAAGCCUACUUGAUGAGACUGUUAUGUUGGAGAGUCCACGGGAUAUGGUUCUUAACCUAAUCAGAAAGAUGAAUCCAGAUGUUUUCAUUCAUGGAGUUGUGAAUGCUAACUAUGGUGCUCCCUUCUUCCUCACGAGAUUCCGAGAGGCUGUCUUCCACUAUUCUUCUCUGUUUGAUAUGUUUGAAAGUGUCGUUCCCCGGGAUAUUCCAGAGAGGAUGCUGGUUGAAAAGGAAUUAAUUGGGCGUGAGGCAAUGAAUGUCAUUGCAUAUGAGGGCUUAGAGAGGAUUGAGAGACCAGAGACAUAUAAGCAGUGGCAGGCCCGAAAUAUUAGGGCUGGGUUUAGGCAGCUGCCUUUGAACAGGGAGAUUGUUAGGGCAGCAAAGGAGUGUGUAAAAUCAGGCUAUCACAAGGAUUUUAUAGUUGAUUUAGAUGGCCAAUGGUUACUGCAGGGUUGGAAGGGACGAAUUCACAAUGGGCUCUCUGCUUGGAAGCCUCUUCAUUAAUCUAACGCAUGUUCAUUUUUCAUUGAGGUUUGGGUGGCUCAGAUUUAAUGCCACAUAAAAAAUGGAAAUGCCUUUUCUCCUAUUUGAAAUGAGCAGCGAGGCGGCUUUCUGCCACCAUCUCUCUCUCUCAAGUUUUCAAAUCUGGCAUUUGCCAUCCUCAUUGUCAUCUUGUUCUAGCUGCUCUAAGAAGGUAUGUUGAUACAUGCGGGUAUUGAUUUUUUCUCUAUGCUCGGACCUUUGUAAAAAUGAUUGGCUUCAAAUAGUUUCCUGAUGCAAUAUAUCAGAAUAAAAGAAAGAAAAAGUAUUGCAAGAAAGUAAAGAGAAAAAACAGUCUUAGAGGAAAAUGAUCAAAUACUUGUAUUGUAUUUUUUGUGUAUCUUUACAUCAAUCAGACCUUUAUUU